UCACCUAAAUAAUCGUAUCGUUCUAGCGGACUAAUGACAUUGCUUCAUAACUUCCGUAGUAGGUGAACUUAUUAGCUGAACGACAAAAUGCUUAAAAAGGAAGCGGUCGCGUCGUCACGGGCAGGGUCACACUUUAAUAUGACGUGACGCGAGACCGCGACAAUCCCAUGCGCGUCUCCCCUACCACGGCAGAUGCGGAAAAACCAAUACAACUCCAGGCACCCAGAAGGAGAAUGUUGAAUUUGAAUACAAUCUAAUUUGCGGUUCAAAUAUAUCGAGGAAGAAGUGUCUGCGAACAAAAUGUCUAUCAUGGAUCCGCGACCGCCUGCAAUCUUUGACUGGGGCAUGCAUAACCCUUCUACGACUCCCUUACACCAUGGCAGUCCCAAUUCUGCUCUUCAGCCUCAAAAAUUUCCGCCAUCACCUCCCACGACUCCUCCGAUCAAGCACCAGAAACAACCCAGCGAUGCUUUCAACCAAUCCCCCGGCAGCAGUCCGCUUACCUCGCAUUCGAAUAGUCACAUUCAAUCGAGAAGAGAUCGGAAUACAAGUCCGCCAUCCCGAAUCCCUUUUUCACAGCGCCUGAUCAAGCCAACGCCCUUCCAACAAAGCCGAGACGGUGGCAAAGAGAAAAGGCGGGAUUUAUUUCUGAAGAAAAUGAAACAAGAAAGCGAAGAACGCCGAUGGGACUCGCGCGCAGAGCAUUAUCUACGACUGGAUUACAUAUCUGAUAGAAAGAGAUGGGAAGCAGAGUUGGCUCGAUCAGCACCGCCCGUCCUCGACGAGGAAGCGGCAGAAGAAGGGCAACAGACGGAUAAUAUCGAAAUGGCGGCAGAGGAUAUAUCGCAAUAUGAGGACGAACAAAUAAGCGCUCUUCCGCCUAUGAUGGUCUCCAAUCCGAGAGACAACGAGGACUCUUGGACCACUUUCGGCAGCGAUGACGACGAAUAUGAUGCUCUAUUUAUGGAGGUAGCUGGACCCCAGCAGCAAGCACAAUUCCUAGCUGCACCGCCUCAAGAACAAAAGGACCAGGAAAUGGAUACAUCAAACGGUUGACCACGAGGCUUUAGAAAAGCCUGACGGAAUCGAAAUCAGAAAAGCGGAAGCCUUACGGAAUGGUUUUCGCUCUACAUGUUAUCAUAUCGCGUGGACCAGAACCGUUCAUGUCUGGAGGACAAUUAGUUAAUCACCGGUAAAUAUCAUGGCGCAAUGGAGUUGAGUAGCAUAAACGGGGGGGGCGCAUUUUAAUGGAGGA